UGGGUGGGAACUGUAGUGUUGCGUAUGUAAAACGGUAUUUCAAGAGUCAGCACGGACUUAACUGGCGGGGUUGACUAAAGGAGACCAUGUGAAAGUUCUAAGUCGUAAAUGAAAAGCGUAACCUUGUAUUUUUAAAUACUGCGUAGGACACCGGUUUAAUGCUAAGCCUUAGCUCACCGGCUAAUAGCUUCUGAAGCUUGACACAUGGUACAGGAGAAGGCACGGCUGCACUCAGAGUGCCGAGCUGUAACAUAAACAUGACAGCUAACCAGGCCUAUGACAGACCAGGCAUGAGAGCAGCCUGCUGAUACAGGAGCGAAGAUCAGAGUGAUGGAGGCGCAGGGCGGAACUACAAACUUUCUAUAUGAGGAGGAAGACUCGGACUCCUCUGCUGUUUCAGGCACCAUGUCUAUUGACAAGCUCUUCCCGGCUCUCCUGGAGUGUUUUGGGAUAAUAUUGUGCGGAUACAUCGCAGGGAGGGCAAACAUCAUCACCUCCACCCAGGCUAAAGGAUUGGGAAAUUUUGUCUCUAAGUUUGCCCUCCCAGCACUGCUGUUCAAGAACAUGGUCGUGUUGGACUUCGGUAAUGUCAUCUGGCCAUUCCUGUGGAGCAUCCUCAUAGCCAAAGUGUGUGUGUUUUCCCUUGUGUGUGUCCUAACGUUGAUAGUCGCCAGUCCUGAGAACCGCUACAGCAAAGCUGGGAUUUUCUCAAUAUUUGCCACCCAAAGCAAUGAUUUUGCUCUGGGAUAUCCCAUAGUUGAAGCUCUGUACCAGAGCACAUACCCAGAGUACCUUCAGUACAUCUACCUGGUUGCACCUGUGUCCCUGAUGCUUCUCAAUCCCAUUGGCUUUGCCUUCUGUGAGAUCCAGAAGUGGAAGAACCAGGGAGAUCAUCAGCAGAGCAAACUCCUGAUAAUGGGACUUGUAGUGUUACAGGUCUUGAAGAACCCCAUUGUAUUCAUGGUUAUCAUCGGUCUCAUCGCCCACUUUGUCCUACACCAGAGGAUCCCUGCAUUCAUGGCUGAUUUUGUGGAUGGUCUGGCAAAUUCCUUCGGAGGAGCAGCUCUCUUCUACUUGGGUUUGUCCAUGGUGGGCCAGUUAAGGAAACUAACCAGGUCUACAUUGGUGACACUGAUAUUACUUCUUACUGCUAAACUGUUGCUAAUGCCCCUGAUCUGCAAGGACAUGGUGGAUUUGUUGGACCAUACCAACACCAGCGCUUUGAACCACUCUAGUCUCUCUAAUUAUGCCUUUCUUUAUGGAGUGUUUCCCACUGCACCAAGUGUGGCAAUUUACGCCGUCUACUACAACGCAGAGCUAGAAGUUGUAACCUCUGGGAUGGUGAUCAGCACUUUUCUGUCGGCUCCAAUCAUGUAUGUUUCUGCCUGGCUACUGUCAAUCCCAUGGAUGGAUCCACAGCUUUUGAUGAACUCACUGCAGAGUGUCACCUUUGACAUAAGCAUUGUGAGCUUAAUAGCACUGGUGUGGACCAUUACUGUUAUAUUUCUGAGUAAGAAAUUCAAUCGACUACCUCAUGUGUUUACAGUCAACCUGUUCUUGGCACAGUUUAUAAGUUGCAUUGGGAUGAUCCUUUGGAACUUUGUAGUCAAAGAGGGCAACUUUGUUGGGCAGGUCCUGACUUUCACAUUACUCUGUACCUCACUCUACAGCACCUAUGUGUGGCCAGGGUUGAUAGCUCUCUCUCUUGUGCUCAUGAAGAACUAUGAAGACCAGAAAGUUUCACCAGGUGUUUUGGUGCUUUUAGGAUGGGGGGUUCCAGCUUUAGCAACGGCUGUGUUACUGAUUUCUGGGGAGAAAAUGCCUGAUAUGAUUGACUCGUCCUUCUUUUAUGGCAAAUCACAGAUAAUCUGCACUUCAGUUGUAGCUGCCCUCAGUAUACUGCUGGGUGGGGGCUCUCUUGUGUGUCUAAGUAGAGGAAGUUGGGCCAAAAAUGAACUUAUACAAGAAGGAAACUCCACAGAGGCUCUUGUGACUGAAGUUGAACCAGAAAAUGACAAUCCAUUUGUACCUGCGGCUCCUUCAGGAGUGCCUAACGGAGCAUGCCUCAUAUGUGACUGUGCACCAGCCCAGCCCAUGCCUGACAUGAUCAUCAGCACAAACAUGAAUGACACAGCAACACUCCCAGGUCAGUGUGAGAACAGCUGCACAUCCACAGACUGCCUGCUUGUUCAAGUGGAGGAGCUCCAGCAGGUCGCAGAUAGACAAGUGGCCCGUCAUGUGCUCUUGUGUCUGCUCCUGACUGUCAGCCUGCUCGCUAAUUUAUCCAGCUGCUUGUGGUUGCUCUUUAAUCGUGUUCCUGGUAGACUUUACUUGGAGCUGCAGUUUUUCUGUGCAGUGGCUAACUAUGGACAGGGUUUUCUCUCUUUUGCACUGUUUGGUCUGGAUAAGCACUUGAUCAUACUGCCAUUUAAGAAGAGAUUCAGCCGUUUGUGGAAUAGAAGUAAGCCAGAAGAGCAACCACAGACUGACGUACCUGAGGAAGUCAGGAUGACUUGCACUCAGUUCACAAAAUACCACAAAGACCAGUGUGUUCAUGACAUCAUCAGAAAAAGGAGGUGUGGGAAGAGGACCAUGGUGGACUGUUUUCUUGGCUGUGAGCUGGUGGAGUGGCUCCAGCAGGUGGGCUUGGCUCAGGACAUCGGUGAGGCCGUGCUGUAUGGAACAAGGCUACAGCAGGGAGGUGUGCUCCAGCACAUCAAUCAGGAACACGGCUUCCAAGACAGUCGCCUUCACUACCGAUUCUUGAAAUGAG